CAGACGCAGUGGAAGAAAAGUAGAGUUUCCGAAGUUUCUGCUGGCCGGAGAGGAGCACGGACAGUGGGAAGGUUGGCUGAGGGUAGGAAAGGAAAGUUACCUCGAAACUUUUUCAAAAACCAAAUGAGAUGUUUUUCUUAGUUUUUCGUUAACUUUGUUGGGCUAAAAUAGAAAUAAGAGCCAGUACCGGAGGCCUAAAAGGUUUUAAACUGAAGGGGAAAACGGACCUCGUUUAGAAGUUUUCGUCAGUUUGUUUUUGUAAACCGUUACUUCGUUAUUCAUUUGUUUAGUUACCAAAAUAAAAUAAAAUAAAAAACAAAAAAACAAAAAUGAGCACCAACCCAGUUCAACCUCUACCGGGCCAGCAAGUGAUCCAUGUCGCCAAAGACCCGGACACGGACCUCGAGGCGCUCUUUAACGCUGUCUUGAACCCGCGACCGAGCUCCUGGAGGAAGAAACACCUGCCGGAGUCGUUCUUCAAGGAGCCGGACUCCGGUUCGCACUCGCGCCAGUCCAGCACGGACUCGGGCAGCCAGCAGCCACCGAGGCUCCCGCCGCAGCACGUGCGCUCUCAUUCCUCCCCCGCGUCACUGCAGCUCAGACCCGCAGCGCUCGCGGCCGCCUCCGCCGCCGUCACCGCGAGCCCCGUACAGCACGCGCACAGCCGCCACCAGUCUUUCGAUGUCACCGACGAGCUGCCACUGCCCCCCGGAUGGGAGAUGGCGUACACGUCCACCGGCCAGAAGUACUUUCUCAAUCAUGUUGAGAAGAUUACCACAUGGCAGGAUCCUCGCAAGACCAUGGCAGCCAAUGUGAAUCCGAUGAGUCUCCACGCUCAGGCCACCAGCAGUAAUGGUGGUGUGCAGGGGCGCUCCAUGGCCCUGUCACAGCCGAACCUUGGACAGCUGCCGGAAGGCUGGGAGCAGGCAGUCACCCCUCAGGGAGAAAUUUACUUCAUUGACCACAAAACCCAGAGCACAUCUUGGCUCGACCCCCGGGUGGACUCUCGGCUCAUGAUGUCCCAGCAUCAGCACCAUCAGCAGCAUCUCCAGCAUGCUCAGCACCAGCAGCAGCAGCAGGUACAGGCUCAGUCUCAGGCCCUGGGUUCAGGUGGCUCCAUGCCCCAGCAGCAGAGCUCUCAGUCUGGGAUGAUGGGAAUGGGGAACCCCAUGAGUGCCCAGCAGCAGCACCAGCAGAAGAUGCGACUGCAGCGCAUCCAACUUGAGCGGGAGCGCAUUCAGAGGAGGCAGGAAGAGCUGAGAAGACAGGAGGUGGCGAUCUGCAGACAGAUCCCCAUGGAUUCAGACAACAUGGCGUCUGUAGCUCCUACCAUCAACCCAGCUGCCAUGAACCAAGGCACUAUUCCAACCAGUGGCUCAGACCCCUUUCUGAACAGUGGGCCAUACCAUUCACGUGAGCAAAGCACAGACAGCGGCCUGGGCCUGGGCUGCUACAGUAUCCCCACCACUCCUGAGGACUUUCUCAGCAACAUGGAGGAGAUGGACACAGGUGACAACAUGGUGCCAGUCAACAUGAACGUGCCACAGCAGAGCCGUUUUCCCGACUUCCUAGACUCCAUGCCUGGCACUAACGUGGACCUGGGCACCCUGGACGGCACAGACCUCAUGCCCAUCCUCAAUGACGUAGAGUCUGUCCUGAACAAGAAUGAGCCUUUUCUCACCUGGCUCUAAAGCGGCGCCAAGGUUCAAAGAGGAGGGCUAAAGACUUUUAGCAGCAGUGCUACCUUUCUGAAUUUUAACUUAAUCAGUCUCUCCACUCUCUCGGUUGUAAUGUGCCUAUAUUGCUCCCCUUUUUUAAGAAAAAAAAAAUCAUCCUGAUUACUGUAAAUUUUUGAGUGAAGAGUGCAACAAAAAAAACCAAAGUGUUCAGCCUAAGAACAAAGAACAAGCAUGCGUCAAUCAAAUUUGUUCAGGUGUGGUGGAAAAAUUCAUACGUCUUUUGUAUAUACUGUAGGAUAGAGUAGGUUUUUACUGUCACUGAGUGUAGCUUGAUCAAAAAUGUCAUUCCUCUGGCUUUGGGCAGGACUGGGCAGCAUUUUGUUGCUGUUGGUCUCCAUAAAUAUAUGUUGAUGUAGGAACACUUGGUAGGCACCAGCAGAGGGAGCCACUGCCUCCACUGUGAACUGGAGACUGUUGGCUUCAGUGAUGUCCAGAUAUUAAGCGAGUUAGGCAGUUCAACAUUAUCUGCACUGGAGGGGAGUCUUACUGAUCAAUUAACAUUCAAGCGGCCUUAUGAACAAACUUUCCUUUUUUUUCACAGAUAGCGUAUACGUUUCCUACUGUACUCAAUUUCAGCACAAAAGCUUUCUCAUAACUUGAUUUGAAGUGUAGUUUCUUUUAAAGGAACAAUAUUUCAUUCGCAUUUAGAGGUUCAUACUCAUGCCGAUCCCAGUUUAGCUAUUGUAUCAAGUAAGCUCAUGCCUCUGAAAUACGGCAGAUUGCAUCUGUAGACCUACAUUUUAUAUCAUGUACUUUUUGUGUACUGCUUCAGUAUUCUUUUUUUUUUUUUUUUUUUUUAAUAUAACUAUUAACUACUCUAGAUGUGUCCCUUGACAUCUCUGGUGCAUUUUAUGAGUUUUGAUAUAGAGUUUGCCUUUUUAGUAUUUAUCAAGAGCUAUGAUUUUUUUUUAUUAAAUAGAGUUUUAGUUGUGUUUUUUUUUGUUUUUUUAAUGAGAUUGAAAUUUCAAAGCACUACAAAUCAGCACGGGGUUGAGUCGGAUCCUAUAAAGUAAAUGUUGAAGUUUCAUGUGACGGUUCCUGCUCUGUGUUUCUUCACUGUACUGUGAGGUUCUUUGAUCCGUUUAAACCGAGGCAGACUACGCGUCGGACUCUUCCUCGCAGUAGGACUGCCUUUAACUCAGUGGUGAACAGGUUUCCAUAAAUAAUCUGCAGGGAAUAUGCAAAAAAAAACUAAGUAAAAAAAAAAACAAAAGUAUUUUCUGGCAAACAGAAAUGAUCGUCUCUGAAUUUUAGGGGAUCAAAUAACGAACACUCGGAACUGGAUGAGCGUGGGUGAUCACAUGAUCGUGCUUUAUUUCUUUACUUAAGCUGAAAUCCAGUGACCUUUUUCUAUGUCUGUAAUGUUUUUAUAUGGGAUGUUAAAAUGACUUGUUAGCUAUUCCUAGCAUUGGUGGUGUAUAAAGCCACCUUAUAUUGACUACGCAGCAUAUCGUUAUUUUGUAUACCAGCAAUAGUUCAAAGGCAGUGGAUAGAUGGACGGAUGGAUAGACUGAUGGGCUUUGUCAGUGGGUGGGUGGGUGAUUAGGGGUUAGGGUUCGAGGUGAUGCACUAUCGUUAAUUCUGGGUUAAUCUGAACUCAUGAAAUCCUUUAGUCAGGAUUGAAUGGUUGAGUACUGAAUCUUUUAAGCAAGUACAUGCUGGAACCCAACUGACCACUUUCUUUAUGUUGAAGCGAGAGAAAAAAAGAGUCUGUGGGGUUUUUUUUUUCCUGUCGAUCCCCUGAGAGGAAAGGCCCUGUGGUUAAAGUCAGUCAUAACAACGAGUGGUUCCUGAGUGGCUUCCUGUUAUUGUGUUCUAUACAUAAAGUGCUUAUUCCAGCACUAAAGCAUGGGGCAGGUUAUUGUUAAUAAGCACAGCGCUGACAUCGGAUCAUCUAUGCAUGUUCGAGCAAUACAUUUACACAAAGCAAAAGGUUGAACAGAAAGAAGCAGGUGUUUUUUUUUUACUAGUUUAUUGAGUGGUGUAAAAAAGAAAAGUGAUUCUUGGUAACUUUAUCUAAAAUCAUGGGUGUGUAGUGUGCACACACACACACACACACACACACUACCUAGCCACAGUAACACGGGGAGGUUGUGUCUGUUAGAUUCCAGGGAUGUUGGAGGAAGGCUUGGAAAAUACGCAUAUACACACUGAAAUAAAAUGACCGCUUACUGUAUUUGUGGGAUGUUUGGAGGAGAUUGUAAGAACUAUAACCUCACAAAGAAUUCUCUGAAACUGAUGUAUAACUUGUUGAGCAACCAAACAAACAAAAAAAUAAUAAAAUUGUGUACCACAGA